AUGGUAGAAGCGGGCGCGAAGAUCAGCAAAGGAGGAACGCAGCAGGCGGCGGGACACGGGCUUGAGGGUUACGCCAGCGAUGGGUCUACCGAUUUACGGUCCGCGGGCGCGGCGGAGCACGAAACACAAGACAGCGCAAAGGCGCAGGAAAAUGAGGCCAGCGCGAACUCGAUGGACGAUGGGCUCGAACUCGGGCGGCGCGGACAGGGGGUGUCGCCGGUGCUCACUCCGCCGACGGAGGAAGAAGGCGAUGCGCCUGCGCAGAAGAACAGGCGGCAGCGGCUAAAAGAGCGGAAGGCCACGGCGGCAGCAGCGGGCGCGUUGCCGGGUAUAGGGCGGGCGCGGUCCGGGUCGGUGAAGGAGGGCGGGAGCCCGAAGGCUGCCGGUGCGGAGUCGCCACGCAGGGGAGCGGGUGCUGCAGCCAAGGACGCCAAGAUUUCGGAGCGGGCUGAAGGGGCGGGCAGUCCGCAGCAGCGGAAACAGGGGACCGGUGCGGCGGCGCCAGGCAGCCCGCCGCGGCGGAGGCUGGAAGCCGCCGAGCCUCCGGCGACUCCACCGCGGCGCAAGCAGGCGGAGGGCGAGCAGAGCAGGCCCGAGGGCGAGCAGGGCAGGCCCGAGAACAAAAAUAAAAAGGCGAAGGACAAGCACGACGACCUUCCCACGCGGGGCCCCGGGACGCGCAGGCCGCAGGUGCGCGCGGUGCCGCCGCCGCUUUCCGAGGAGCUAAAGAACGAGGCGUUCCGCAAGACGCUGGAGCGCGUGGAGACCGUGGCACCGGAGGUGCCCCUGCAGGCGGCAGAGCAGCGCUCUGAGCCUUCCGACUUCGACUUGAUCAUCAACCGCCUGCGGGUGAACGCGCAGGAGUACAUGUCGCAGGAUGAACAGGCGCAGGAGAACCUGCAAGAGGGAGUGCGACAGCUAAAGUCGAGUUACACGGAGUUCUUGCAGACGAUACAGCCGGAGGAGAAGAAGAAGGGGGAUGUGGAGGAGCUCGACGAGGAGGAGGAGGAGAUGCGCAAGAUUGAUUGGCAGUUUUGGACAUCUGUAGUGAACAACUUUGCUACGGUAGCCAAGAACGACUCGGCGAAGCUUGAGGAAAAGGUCAGCGACGGUAUUCCGAAGCAGAUUCGGGGCAUCAUCUGGCAGCUCAUUUCGAACUCAAAGUCAAAGGAGAUCAGGCAGCUCUACCAGGACUUGCUCCAGAUCCCGUCCGAGCACGAGAAGGCGAUCCAACGCGACAUAUCGAGGACGAAGUUUAUCCCGGUCGACAAGACGGAAUCCUUGUUCAACGUGCUCAAGGCGUAUUCUCUCUUCGACCCAGAGGUGGGGUACACCCAAGGGAUGGCCUUUGUCACGGCUCCUUUGCUCAUCAACGUGUGGGAGGAGGCCGAUGCGUUUGGCCUGCUAAUCAAGCUAAUGAAGAAUUACGGCCUCCGCGAAUUCUUCCUUCCUGAUAUGCCGGGUCUUCAGUUGAAACUCUACGAGUUCGACCGUCUCCUCGAAGAAAACUCGCCUCAGUUGUACAACCAUCUAAUCAGGUUGGGAAUACGCUCUUCCAUGUACGCUACCCAAUGGUUCCUGACUCUCUUUGCUUACAAAUUCCCGCUUGGCUUCGUACUCCGCAUUCUCGAUGUUAUAUUCGUGGAAGGUAUUGAGUCGCUUCUAAAGUUCGCAGUUAUCCUUAUGUUGAAGAACGAGUCGGUUUUGGUGCAGUUGAAGUUCGACAAGCUGUUGGACUUUUUGAAAGAUGGGCUUUUUAACUAUUAUCUAAAGGAAAAUGUCAGGAAGCGGCAGGAGGGUAAGGAAGACACCAAUGCCAUACAAAAUGCAGAGGUUAGCGACUCCUCCUCCAAAAGCAGUACAGUGGGCUCCGAGAUCCUUGGUGUUGAAUACAACAUAAACGUCUUCAUACAGGAUGCUAUCCGCGAGGUGAAGAUCACGCCGAUUCAGCUUAGAAGAUACAGUUCCGAGUACGAGGAGAUUCACCAACUGGAAUUCCAGCGCGAAGCUCAGUAUGAAGAAAUGCGUAUAAAGAACCGACAGCUACAGCGCGAGGUGCGCAAACUGGAACAUGACUACACCCUCCUUAAUCGCGAGCACAUAAUGCUUGCGAACGAAUUGAUACAGAAUAGGUUAAAGAUAGAAACGCUCAACGACGAAAAUAAAGAUCUAAAACUUACAGUUGACGUUCUCAAGCGGCAUCUUUCGGACGAGAUGAGGAAACAAACCUUACCCAAUCCAGACGCACAGAUCCCCACCGACUUGAAGGAGGACUUAGAAAAGACUAUGCAAAGAAACCUAGAGGUCAUGAACCAGAACCAGGAGUUGGAGGAUAAGGUUACGGCGUUGGAACGCCAGGUUAAGCAACUAAAGAAGAACAGGGCCAAUACCUCUGUCGAGCACGGGGAGGACUCCUCAUCGGAACCCCGCGUUCGUUCUCACAUAGUGACACCAUCCAUCAGUAGCUGGACGUUUAAGAAGCCAUGGUAA